CUCACGACAAUGAGGAAACAAGUGUGGACAACAUGGUAAAAGACAUUUCACUACGUUUCCUGGGAACAUCUUCUCAAACCAAUAUAUCAAGAAAUUAUUCCAGUCUUUUGGUCAAACUCGACCAUCACACUGUUAUGAUCGAUUGUGGAGAAUCAACCCAACGACAAUUACAGAAUAGACAUAUUGGAGGAGAUGAAAGGUUGAGCAAUAUAAGACAUAUUCUCAUAACCCAUUUACAUGCCGAUCACGUUUUAGGAUUGGUUCCGCUGCUUUGUACUCUGAUGGGACCGAGCAAUGCCGUUGAUCCUUCUGAAGGAAAGAGACCUAGGGUAGAAAUCUUUGGUCCUUCGGGAAUAAGAGCAUUAAUUCGAACAACUCUUACAUUAUGCUAUACCAACCUUACUGGAUACUAUUGCGUUCAUGAGCUUUUAUGGCCAAAUCAAUCAGCAUACUCUAAUGCACCCAUAAUCGCAGAAGAUGAACAAGUCAUUGCUGCUUCUAUACCCGAAUCUACAGAACCUUUGCUAGGAGCAAUGAAUGGACCACAGAGAACAAUCCCGCAUUUACCUCCAUUGGAUAGCGAAUUGCCAGGAAUAGAUUUUCGAUUAGACGAACAAACUGCUUCAUGGCCUUCUAUCACUUCCAUAUCGGGAGUUGUGGUGAGUGCGGCACCGAUUUUACACAGAUGUCCGGCCGUGGGAUAUGUGUUUGAGGAGCCUGAUGCAGCAUCGACAAGUGUAAGUACGGAAAUGCUUGAUGCUCUUCAAGCCAAUGCAGCUGCAUUGGAAGCACAACAGAAUAUCAAAAAUCCAAAAGUAUUACUAGGCAAACUCACUCGUGAUCGAAAGAGCGUCACUCUUCCCGACGGUACGAUCUUACAUCCUCCAGAGCUGGAUAUCCCAGGGCGGAAAGUCGUUGUGCUUGGAGAUACUUAUGAUGCAACAGCAGGCUUAGACGCUUCAGCAGACUAUGAAGCAAGAGGAAUGGCAAGUCUUGCAGAGAAUGCCGAUGUUCUCGUUCAUGAAUGCACAAAUGCAGCACUACCUGGUUCAUUAACGCCCGGAAAAAGAGAAGAAGAUGAAAAGCACGAUGAAGUUCGAGCGAAAGCAUUGAUGCGUGGUCACUCAACACCUCAAGUUGCCGGCCAAUUUGCAGCUCGAUGUGGUGCAAAGCAAUUACUCUUGAAUCACUUUUCGAUCAAGUAUCCUGCUCCUCAUCCGCUAUUCGCAGCUAAUUAUUCCCAAGAUGACCCUACACCGAGAGGUGACCAGGAAAGAAGAUUCCUUGCUUUGCAAGAGAUCGAAAGACAGGCUACGGAAGUAUGGCAUAAUGGGAUUCCGGGUGAUGCAAUUCACAGGGAAGCAGCUCUACAACGCAAAGCAAUUGCUGCCUUUGACGGGUUCUUGUAUCGGGUUCCGCUACAGAACGAGCACGAUCACAGUAACGGAUCAAUAAACAAUACACAUGAUUCUAGUCAACAAGAUUUUGACUACUCCAUCGGUAGUCAAUCAUUGGAUUCGUACGUUUCUUCUCCUCCAAGAAGAGGGAGAGGUUCUGGCAGACGACCUUUUGGUCAACAACAUUUCCGUGGAAGAGGAGGUAGACAAUCCAACGGUAGCUCUCGUGGUCAGUAUUCGUCAUCGUCACCUAGAGGACAAAAGACUGUAUACGAAUAAAAGUACGCUGUAUACUAUUGCAACUUGGAAU